AUGGCCAUUCCUUCGCUCGGAGACGUCGAAAGGACCGCCUAUGACACGAUCCGGCGGAUUGUGGCGAUCCCAGAGUUGGCGGAAUCCAGUCUACUACUUGUCGGACGAUUGGCUGCUGCCCAACUUGUCCUCAAUGUCGAAUGCCAGGAUAUUUCGAUCCUUAUAUCGCCUCCAAAAAGCCUUUGCGACACCCUCUCCGGCGUUGAGAGUGUCCGCGAGAAGGUCGUCACGAAGCUUUCCGAAACAUAUCCCAACUUAUACUCGCCGAUAUCUCAUAAUCUGCUGCGGGCAAAUCAGGGCAUACUGGUGUCAUUCAUGGUGAUGCGGCAUUUCCCCUGGUUGGAAAGGUCGAGGCUUGUCGAUGCCAGAUCCAUUACCGACACCGCCCACCUCCCCUUCCUUUCACCAGAGGAUAUCAUAACGGAAGCUGUGUUCAGGGCCCCCACUUUACCCUCCGGCUCUCUGGAAGCCAGAGUUCAGCACGCACUGGGCAUUGCGCUCCGCUUUUCGAAGCAGGGAAGGCGACUGGCUUAUUCGCGGGCUCAAUUGUCGAUUCUUGAAAAUUCCAUAGCAACAUUCAGUAUUCUUGCAGGGGGUGGUGAGAUUUGGUGGCGAGAAACUCUGUCAGUCCCAGAACCACGUUCCGACUGGUCUUUGACGUCCAUCCGAUCCGGAGUUCUCGUUGGCGCUGUGAUCGGACUCGCCAUUGAAAGGCUGGUAUGCGCAUUGCGAUACUGAGUUUCACAUCGCGUUCCGAGGCGGUUCCCUCAUAGCUGACUGGGCGAGGGU